GAAGAACUGGAGGCAGCUGCACUGCCUUGUGAAAUAGGAAUCGUGCGCACUCAAUGAAAACCUGAGCGACGGACUGUAUACUGGGAGUUUUUUUUUUUUUGUCUUCAGAGGCUUGUUGGACAACUUCAGAGGAAAGUCUGGCUUUGCGUUUUUGCGCUUCUGUCUUGUGCGCGCUGGAUGUUGCGCUACGCUGCAUAGUGAUCGCCAGUUUCCAGUUUGCACUAGAAGGAUUGGGUUCUGUUUCCAGUGCGCAGACACAUCGAUCAUCUUCGUUUUCAGUGGCAGGAGUCCUGAGUGAUGAGUGCGCUUCGUCUCUUUUCCUGAACGUCUCCAAAAUGCCGUCAUUCGCUUCUGCCAGAUGAUACUUGUUGAGUUUGCAUCGCGCCAUGUCCUUCUGUCGGACUAAAGUGGACAAUGAAGUUAUGGGAUAGUCUGACCACUUGUUUGAUACUGCUGAGCGCCUUGCACGCCAGUCCGCUGCUCCAGAGCCGACAGCAGCCCAGCAGGAGGAGAGGGCGCGCCGCGGAGGGUCCCUUGGAUCUGCCUCCGGUCCAGAGCCGUCUGACCGUCACCUCCCCGGGCAUAAGUAGUACCGAGAUCGCAGCCAGAGAGGAAGGUUUUGCUGGAGGAGACAAAUACAGCAUGGAGGAACCCCUUCCGAAUGACUUUGAAGAUGUGGUGGACUUCAUAAAAGCAACCAUCAGCAGAAUACGUCGCUCCACCACAUCUGCCAUCUUCUCAUCUACCUCCUCCACCACCAUCACUAUCACAACCUCUUCCACCCCCAAAGAAAGAUUGAGCAGCAGGCCUCGACACAGAAGGGAGAGGAAGAAGGGGGCAAGCCAGGAGAGUAGUAAAGGUGGAAGAGGAGGAGCGAGAGGAGGGGAGACAGGUCGGAGGACUAGAGGAGGAGGAGGACGAGGACAGGGCUGUGUGCUCAAACAGAUCCACCUCAACGUGUCGGACCUCGGUUUGGGCUACCGCUCCAGUGAGGAAAUGAUAUUCAGGUACUGCUCCGGACCCUGCAGGAAGUCGGAGACCAACUAUGACAAAAUCCUUUACAACCUCGUUCACAACAGGAAGCUUCCCUCAAGAGACACACCCCCUCAGGCUUGCUGUCGGCCAACAGCGUUUGACGACGAUCUGUCCUUCCUGGAUGACAGCCUGGUUUACCACACCAUGCGGAAGCACUCGGCCAGGAAAUGUGGUUGUGUGUAGGUCAUGUGAAUUAGUGUUAAGUAGUUUUAGAUUUUUUUACUGCCACUUUGAAGUGUGGUGUUGAGUGUCUAUCCUUAAUACUUUUUCUUAUUGUAAAGAAACAUGUAAGACUUCAGUCCACCAGUAAAGGAAUACAUACAGAGAAACGGAAGCAUCACCUGAGUUUUUGCCCUCAACAAAUGCCUUCACCUCUCCAUCCAGUUCAACUACAUCAAACAAUCCCCAAUUUCUUACAGUCUACGACGUACGUGUUUAGUAUGAUUUGAUUUGAUGUUCGCAAACCAAACAGGCUGAACUCAGACUGAACAAAGGAUAUAACAGACUCACUCUGUCCGCUGCAUAGUAUAUCCGUGAGAUGGAAAAAUGUUAUACACACAUAAAUGUAUUUAUGAAAUCUUGAAUUUAUUAACUUAUUAAUAUUUAUUUUGUUUUUUUAAAAAGAAUACUUAUUUAUUACUGUGAUGUGAUAUCUCAGAGUGUGCCAAAGGUUUAAAUCAAAUAUGAUUUAUUUUCAUAUCAAAGCAGUAAAAGCCCAUUUAUAUUGCAAAUUGAAUUUGUACACAUCAAGAUUUUACAUUAAAGGUUUCCUGUGAAGUUGCCUUGACAAAGUUGCAUUCAGUGUUUCUCACCACAAUACACUGUGUGUGUUCUUAAAGGUCUAGGAUAUGUAAUAAAUGUAUUUUCUUCCUUGCACAAUAUAUACAAUAUGUUAAAUUUGAAGUUUUCAAUUUUACACAUAAUUGCUCCAUGGUGCUACUAUUGGUGAAAACUUUUCUCAGAAACCUAAAUGACCUGUGGCGUUUCCUUGUAAACAGACAGGUUUGGAUUCAGUGUUUCUGAUCUAAACACAUUUCGCAUUCUGUGCUUUAAGUCAAACAAUUGAGAUGAAUACAUUUUCUUCCUCAUCAAGCAUUUGCAAUUCAAAUCUUUACACCAUGCACUGUUUACAACAAUGUCAAAAAGAUCAAGAAUAUUUCUACUUCUUUAUCUUUACUGUUGCAUUAUUUCCGUUCUUGUUUUGCCACCAUUUAUCAGUCAUAAGAAUUCUGAAACUGGCAGCAUCACCUUUAUGCAACAAUGUUCUGCACUUCUAGUGGUCAAAAACUUCACAGGGCACCUUUAGAGUUUAUGUUCACACACAGUUAUACUUGUACAAUCUUUGGCAAUUCAAGUGUCAUUUUAUUGCAUUUUCAUUUCAUUUUUUAAACUCUUGACACGAUAAGAACAGGUUUCAUGAUUGGAAGAACAGUUUGAUUCACUGCUAUUUUCAUGUCCUCAGCUCCAAUGAAUUGCUGUUUGUUCAACUAAAUUUUGUCACCACUUUUAAAACCAAACUACCACUUUAUUUUUAUACGGUAUUCACUUUUAAACUGUCCGAUUGAUUGUACUGUUAAUAAAUCCAUUCUUACACAA